AUACUCUUCUCUCCUUUCCAGAUGUAUAGGUCGCGUGAUUCUCACCAUGUUCUGCCAAAAUAACAACAUCAUUCAAAACCCGCCGAUCCCUGUCCUCGAUAGGAAAAACCUAGUCGAGACUGCUAGACCGGAUAACAGUACCUUCCAAGAGCUGACUGACACCGUUGUGUUGAAGCGGUCCGGUCGGGUACUGCGGAAAGUCGAAGGAGCACCACCAAUCGUGGCCAGGACUUUCAAACCACUGAAACAUGAACCUGUGGUGAUUCGGUAUGGCGGAAGAUUUAUUCGAACGGCGGAGUUGAUGUACAUAUUGAAGCCAUUGGUACACUUGGCUUGCGUUCGUCGGUACGGAUUUAAAAGCUGGAAGUCUUACCUGGUACCGAUGGCUAUCGAUGUAGCGAGCUUACGCAUUUACUACAAAAACCGUGAGGAUCUAUCCAAAGAGCAGAAGCAGGAAUUAUCCCGGCGGUGCGUAUCGAUGCUGCUCUAUUUGAUGCGUUCUCCAUUCUAUGAUAAAUAUAGCAAGCAACGGAUUGCCUCACUGCUGACUGGUAUUGGAAAUAAGGUUCCACUGACGGGCACCAUAACCAACUUGAUUCUGUCCUACAUUCCACACUGGCAGGAGACCUACUUCUACAUGUGGUCAACCUAAAAACAAUAGGUUUUCAACCUAUUUUUUGUAAUACCUUUCAAUUAAUGCGUAUUUACAUAGUCUAAGGAACAUAGCGGUGAUUGACAAUUUUAUCGACUUAGAAGUUAGAACGAGAAACUGCGGGUGAAGUGAUAGCGUGGAAAGCCGGAUUGAUUGUUUUGGCAAAACAUGCUGGUUGGAGGAUGGAUGGUUUAGUUGAAAGUAAUGUAUAUAGGCUGCUAACGAGCUGUUGCGGUAUGAGAUUUCGGAGAAUAAAAUACUAUAGAGCAAAUGGGAAAAAUA